GCGGUUGGGCCGGGAGGGUUUGCGGGGCCGCCUGAGGCGGAGCGGGACCCGUCCCGGGAGCGGGACCCGGCCGUCCCACCCGCGGCGGGAGUGUCACCUCCCCACACACACACACACACCCCGCCCUGCCCGCUGCUUGGCCGCACGGCAGCCGCCCCUCGCCUCUUCACCUCGCCUCCUCUUCACCUCGCCUCACCUCCCCGCGCUAUCCCGCCCCGCGCCGUCCGGGGGAGGGACGGAGAGAGAAGCGGGGUGGGUUUGUGUCUGUGUGUGUCUGUGUGUGAGGAGGGGAGGUGGUGACAGGGCCCCCCUCCCCGUUUCGCCGCCCCCUGAGGUGCGGGGAAGGCGGCGGGAGCGGGCGGGGCGGGCGGGGCUGGUGCUGCGGGGCCGCCCCCGCCCGCCGGCCUGAGGAGUGAGGCGGGGAGCGGAGAGGAGGAAGGAAGAAGCCGCCGCUGCUGCUGGAGGAGGAGGAGGAGGGUGGUGGUGGCGGCCGCGGUGCUGCUGCAGCCGCGGGCAGAGCCUCCCCCUCCCGCCGGGCCGGGCGGGGAAGGCUCCGGAGCCGAGAUGUCUCAGGAGCGGCCCAAGUUUUAUCGGCAGGAACUGAACAAGACGGUGUGGGAGGUACCCGAACGUUACCAGAACCUCUCCCCGGUUGGCUCCGGGGCCUACGGUUCCGUCUGUUCUGCCUUUGACACAAAAACCGGGCUGCGUGUGGCUGUAAAGAAGCUGUCCCGACCAUUUCAGUCUAUCAUCCAUGCCAAGAGGACCUACAGGGAGCUGAGGCUUCUUAAACACAUGAAACAUGAAAAUGUGAUUGGUUUGUUGGAUGUGUUCACCCCUGCCAAGUCACUAGAAGAAUUCAAUGAUGUAUAUUUGGUGACACACCUGAUGGGAGCAGAUCUGAACAACAUUGUGAAAUGCCAGAAGCUCACAGAUGACCAUGUGCAGUUCCUCAUCUACCAGAUCCUCCGAGGACUGAAGUACAUCCAUUCAGCUGACAUCAUACACAGGGAUUUAAAGCCCAGUAACCUAGCUGUAAAUGAAGAUUGUGAGCUAAAGAUCCUGGAUUUUGGCUUGGCCCGACACACAGACGAUGAGAUGACGGGGUACGUGGCCACCCGGUGGUACAGGGCUCCUGAGAUCAUGCUCAACUGGAUGCAUUACAACCAAACAGUUGAUAUUUGGUCAGUGGGCUGCAUUAUGGCUGAACUGUUGACUGGAAGAACAUUGUUCCCUGGUACAGACCAUAUUAACCAGCUUCAGCAGAUCAUGCGUCUGACGGGAACACCCCCUGCAUAUCUCAUUAACAGGAUGCCCAGCCACGAGGCAAGGAACUACAUUCAGUCUUUGUCUUACAUGCCGAAAAUGAACUUUGAAAAUGUGUUUAUUGGUGCCAACCCUCUAGCUGUGGACUUGCUAGAGAAGAUGUUGGUGCUGGACACAGACAAGAGAAUCACGGCAGCAGAAGCACUGGCUCAUGCCUACUUCGCUCAGUAUCACGACCCGGAUGAUGAACCAGUGGCAGAUCCCUAUGACCAGUCCUUUGAAAGCAGAGAACUUGAAAUUGAGGAAUGGAAAAGCCUGACUUAUGAUGAAGUCAUCAGCUUUGUGCCACCCCCGCUUGACCAAGAGGAGAUGGAGUCCUGAGGAACUGCUCUUCUGCUUGUCCCACUUCACUGUGAGGGGAAGGCCUUUUCCUGGGGACUCUCCAAUUAUCGUUCAAGUGCCUCGUCACAACCAUAUUCUCCUUGGUGGAGGGGUUUUGUGUGUGUUGAGUUGGGGAGGGAGGGGGGGGAGGGAGGAAACCUGAGUCUGUGUGACCAUGCUCUGCAUGCUCUUGUGUUCUGUGCUCAGCCUGGGACAAGCUGCUGAGGACCUGCUCUGACCCCUCCUGAGUCCUUCCAGUGCUCAACCACUUUGCACUGCUGGGGCAAAUGGGGAAGGGGGGGGGUGUGAAAUUGACCUUUUAAAGUUGGGUUACAAUCGUUGCCAUUGAUCAAUUCUAUAAUUAAGUAACCUCAAAAGAGUGGAAGGUUGGUUUCUAGGCUGGAGAGUCCUCUGUUUUUUCUUCAGGACUGAAGGUGGGGUGGAGGGAUGUCCUCGCUCAGUGCCAGGUGGCUGAUCUACAUCCAGAGCUUCCUGGCUCAGCAGAACCUUCAGGGCUUCUCGUGUCUGGUUCUUGGAAAGUGAAAAGGUUUUGUUUGAAACUGUAAAUAUGUUUGUGCCUUAAAUUGAAUGGGGAGAGAGGGGAAAGGAAGUCUGGAGUGGAAAUCUCUGACCCACUGCUCUUCAGGGGGAAGGCUCCCAGAUAGCCAGGCAUGAACUUGAUGUAAUCAGGAAAUAACUUCCAAGGCAACAGCCUCUACCCCUGGAUUUGGAUAUUCUUGUGUUUUUCCCUCUUCCCUGCCUCUCAUUUUGAGGUUUCCCAGCAUUAGCUCCCAGGAGACAGAGGCUGGGGAAGAUCCCUGCCAGCCACACCUCUGUGUAUUUUGUUCCUGAAAAGCUGGGGUGUUCUGCAUGUUGUAGCUGUAGCUGCAUGUAGAGCUGCUUGUUUUUGUCAUUACUUUUUGUGGGGCAGCACUGGGGCAGUGAAACCAUCAGGGAACUGUGCUACUGAGUACCUCAGGCAGUGCCAGGAAAUCCCAGCAUCCUUCUUUUGUGCUGCAGCUCCUUGUGAAAUGCCUGGAGACCUGGAGAAGGAGAGGAUAAAACAGACAGCAUAGAAACGUGCCCCUUUUUCUUUGUUCUGACCUUCUGGUUUCAGAGAAGGAGAGUUUGGGACAGGGGGUUUCUUGUGAUAUCAAGUGUAAAAAAUGUUCUGCAAAGAGACAACUCUGGACUAUUGUGCCAGAACUUUUAAGUUGUUUCCUGAAAGUACAUUUUUUUUUUUUUAAAGUAUUGGGAUCCAAAGCAAAGAAAUCAGCAAGCUGAAAGCCACAGUCUCACUGUCUGUACCUAUAAAUAUAAAUAUUUAUAUAUAUAUAUAUAUAAAACUAA